AUGAACCGAACUGCCCCGCCCCCGCCCAGGGCCCGCCCUCCCGCCGCCUCCGCGGGCCCGUCCGUCCGUCUGGGCCGUGGCUGGCUGCCGUCUGUCCGUAGUGCGGCUGCGCCGGGGCGGCCCAGGCUCGGGGGCCCGGGCGGGCCGCGACUCUUUGUCUCAGAGCCCGAGCGGCGGCUGGCGGAGCAGCAGCAGCGGCAGCGGCAGCGGCGGCGAGGGCGGCGAGCGCAGCCACAGCAGCAGCAGCAGCAGCAGGCGCGGCGGCCGGGCGCAGGCAGCCUCGGGGGCCCAGCGGCUGCACAUCUGGACCCGCGGCGCCCCGCCCAGCGGCGGACCCCCCGGCGGCAGCCCCGGCUCGGACCCCGCGGCCCCCGGGCGCCGGAGGAGGAGGAGGAGGAGGAGGCCCGGCUUGAGGCAGCGCGGCGUUGGGGGCUCGGGCUCCGGGGCCGCCGAGCAGAGGAGGCCGGGGCCGGGCCCGGGGGCUCCGGCUCCGGCCGCCCGCCUCGGACCUCGCCACUCCGCCCGGAGCUGUGUACAAACAAGGACCGCGGGGGCUGGCGCCUCUUAAGGUGGACUUGAGAGUUUAAGGUG